AUGAGCAAGCCCGACCUCGUCUACGCCGACGAACGGCGCUUCCUGGAUGAGCGCGGUUCCUCGGCCUCGCUUGCGCCUAAUGGCGAGAACCCCGCCACGAUCAUGGAGAAGGCCGUGCGCGAACGAAUCGUCGACUCGUAUUUCUAUAAGGAGCAGUGCUUCGCAGUCAACGAGGCCGACAUCGUCGACCGCGUCGUCGAGCAUGUCACUUUUGUUGGCGGCACCUACGGCGUCACCCAGAAGCCUACGCCGUUCCUGUGCCUGGCCUUCAAGCUGCUGCAGCUCGCGCCCUCGGACGACGUGCUCGAGGCCUACCUCGGCCUCGGCGGCGAGAAGUUCAAGUACCUGCGCGCGCUGGCGUGCUUCUACGUCCGCAUGACGAGGAAGGCGCGGGACGUCUACCUCCUGCUCGAGCCGUUCCUCGAGGACCGGAGGAAGCUGAGGCGCAAGGGCCGCCAGGGGACGAGCCUGACGUACAUGGACGACUUCGUCGACGACCUGCUGACCAAGACGAGGGUCUGCGCGACGAGCUUCAGGGAGCUGCCCAAGAGGUCCGACCUGGUGGACCUGGACGAGCUGGAGGAGAGAAUUAGUCCGUUGGGGGACAUCGACGAGCUGCUGGAGGAGGAGGACGAGAGGGAGGCAAAGGAGAGGGAGGAGGCUGACGCGAGAGAGAACGGCGCGGACGAGUCGGACGGAGAGAUUGUCGAGGACAGGAGCGGCGACAGCGAGCCGAUGGACGUGGAGAGGCGGCAUUCAAGAUCGCGGUCAGGACCACGGUCGCAGUCGAGGUCGCGGUCGAGGUCACGAAGCAGGCAACGGUUCCCUUGA